CUAACAAACACUACACUUCAUGAAAUCGGGGACUGACAACUGUAAGGUGCAAUGGGUGAUAUUUGUAUUUUCAUGGUGCAAAAUGCAAAUGAAUUGAAAUGUGCAGAAACGCAAAUGCAGGAAUCCUGAACUGAGCCCUAAACUGAUCACCCUCGCCUGAUCAUCCUCUUCGCCGGCCAACUCGUCUGCUGCUGUGAUCUGAGGGACGAGCGAUCGUACGGAAUAAGGAGACCCGGCGGCGAAGGGCUCUCAUUCAUCAGAGGGGGUCGACCCAUUGAUCCGUAUCCGACCCGCCGGAAAGUUCGAGCUUCCGACCGCCGCCGACUCUGUCGCAAACGGCAGAGAUCGAUCGCUCCUUUCCCCGCAAAUUCUCUCCGGAUCAGUGGAGAGCGGCUGAGCUCGAUCUUCCUUUACUAGUUACUACUGAUUAUUUCCGCCGGUGAUUUGACUUUCCCCAAAUUUCGUUCAGUUUCAGCUUUUGGUUUCUAAUGGCCAGUUCACAGCGAUCGUCUGCGAGUUACUCCUCCUCCACCGUUACUUCUCCGCCUCCUCCUAAGCUAGAUACCAAAUUUGGUGCUCCUCUUCUUUCUCCUCCGUCGUCAUCUUCACCGUCAAUACCAAGGUUCCCUCCUCCGCCGGUAAUACAGCCUAAUCAGAUCCCUUCUCCUUCGAUAAAGACUCCCAAUUUACCGUCCCCAGCAAAUGGGAUCCGAGCCGGGAGCCCCCUGCCGCACAUGAGCACGCCCCCUGGCCCACCAGUGUUUUCAUCUCCUCUGCAACCAGCUGCCGUCCCAUUUAGAACUUCUCCUGCAACUCCUCAGCCCAUAGCGUAUUCCUCUGGUUCUUCCUUACCCACAUCCUCACCACCUCCACACUUUUCUAAUGGGUCGGUUGACUUUCAGCAUCAGUCAUCUGAUGUUACAGAGGAACUGGACAAUGCUGCUGAGUAUCCUAAUGUUUUGUUCUCAGCUCACAAGGUUCUGAAACAAAAGAAACUGGCUAAUGUGCCCAGUUUAGGAUUUGGUGCAUUAGUUUCUCCUGGCAGGGAUGUGUCACUAGGUCCUCAGAUAAUCCAGCGUGAUCCACACCGCUGCCAAAACUGCGGAGCUUAUGCCAAUCUUUACUGCAAUAUCUUACUUGGUUCAGGCCAAUGGCAAUGUGUAAUAUGUAGGAACUUGAAUGGAAGUGAAGGGGAAUACAUUGCUUCAAGCAAAGAAGAGCUCAGAAAUAUACCUGAACUAUCAUCUCCUCUGGUUGAUUAUGUCCGGACUAGCAACAAAAGACCUGGUUUUGUUCCUGUAUCUGAAUCCAGAACAUCAGCCCCAGUUGUUCUGGUAAUUGACGAGUGUUUAGACGAACAACACCUGCAGCAUCUGCAGAGCUCUUUGCAUGUAUUUGUGGAUUCCUUGCCCCAAACAACUAGGCUUGGAAUUGUGCUUUACGGUCGCACGGUUUCAGUAUAUGAUUUCUCUGAAGAAUCUAUGGCAUCUGCAGAUGUGCUUCCUGGUGACAAAUCACCUGGUGAAGAAGCAUUAAGGGUAUUAAUAUAUGGAAGUGGGAUUUAUUUGUCGCCAGUCCAUGCUUCUCUUCCGGUAGCACAUGCGAUCCUGUCAUCGUUGAUGCCAUAUAAAAUGAACAAUAUUCCGGAAGUUUCCAGAGAUCGCUGCUUAGGUACUGCAGUGGAGGUUGCUAUGGCAAUAAUUCAGGGUCCAUCACCUGAAAUGUCAAGAGCGGUUGUCAAAAGGCCUGGUGGAAAUGGCAGGAUUAUUGUCUGCGCUGGUGGGCCGAACACUUACGGCCCUGGUUCAGUUCCUCAUUCUCUGAGUCAUCCGAACUAUCCACAUUUGGAGAAAACUGCAAUGAAAUGGAUGGAGACUCUAGGCCGUGAAGCUCAAAAUCGCAAUACAGUGGUUGAUAUACUUUGUGCUGGGACAUGCCCUGUGCGUGUUCCCAUUCUGCAACCUCUUGCAAAAUCAUCUGGGGGUGUUCUCAUCCUCCAUGAUGACUUUGGGGAAGCCUUUGGUGUGAACUUGCAGAGGGCAUCCACGAGGGCUGCAGGUUCCCAUGGUUUGUUGGAAAUCCGGUGUUCGGAUAAUAUAUUUGUUAGUCAAGUGAUUGGCCCAGGCGAGGAGGCGCACACGGACAAUCACGAGUCUUUUAAGUCUGAUAAUGCUGUUCCUAUACAGAUGCUGAGCGUUGAAGAAACACAGUGUUUUGCGAUAUCAAUGGAGACUCGUGGGGAUAUCAAGAGCGAUUUUGUGUACUUCCAAUUCGGGAUUCAGUAUUCAAACGUGUAUCAAGCUGAUAUCUCGAGAGUAAUUACUGUUAAGCUCCCUACAGUGGACAGUAUUUCAGCUUAUCUGGAGAGUGUUCAGAGUGAAGUGGCUGCUGUUCUAAUCGGUAAAAGGACUCUUUUACGAGCCAAAAACUUCCGUGAUGCUGUCGAUAUGCGAGUGACUCUGGAUGAGAGGAUUAAAAAUGUUGCGAGUAAGUUUGGUUCCCAGGUUUCGAAGUCAAAGCAUUAUCGGUACCCUAAAGAGCUUUCGUCACUGCCCGAGCUCUUGUUUCAUAUUAGAAGAGGCCCACUCUUGGGAAGUAUACUUGGUCAUGAAGAUGAAAGGUCUGUUUUGCGGGCUUUAUUCCUGAAUGCAUCCUUUGAUCUGUCCCUCCGUAUGCUUGCGCCCCGCUGUCUAAUGCAUCGUGAAGGCGGGACUUUUGAGGAACUACCAGCUUAUGACCUUGCUAUGCAGUCUGACACAGCAGUUGUUCUUGAUCAUGGAACUGAUAUCUUUAUUUGGCUGGGUGCCGAACUUGCUGCACAGGAAGGAAAGAGUGCAGCAGCUUUGGCAGCGUGUAGGACUUUGGCUGAGGAGCUCAGUGAGCUUCGUUUUCCUGCUCCUAGAAUUCUUGCUUUUAAGGAAGGGAGCUCUCAGGCUCGAUAUUUUGUAUCUCGCCUCAUACCAGCGCAUAAAGACCCUCCUUAUGAGCAGGAGGCGAGGUUUCCUCAGCUUCGGACUUUGACUGCAGAACAGCGAAUGAAGCUGAAAAGUAGUUUUGUUCACUUUGAUGAUCCUAGUUUUUGUGAGUGGAUGCGCAGUUUGAAUGUUGCGCCGCCAGAGCCAACUUGCUGAGGGACUUUGUAGAUUCAAGUUUUACGGUACAUGGUUUAUAUGAAGGUGAGGCUCGUGAGUUUGUAUCGAUCGUGCGGGAAUUCCAGCAACUGUGCCAAGUUUCCUUUCAUUUCCUCCUCNAAAGCUAAUGUUUUCCUUUUAUUUUUGUUUUGUGUAGAACAAAAUUUUGGAUUAUACCGGGAAGUAACUGUAGGGGAAUUAAAAGGAUUAAACUAAGGGGUUAUCUGUUCUGUUAAUUAUGUGAGUUAUUGGUUAAAAAAUUUAAAAUGUUCACAAUAUAUAUAUUUUUAUAAAUUUAAAAUGGAGAGAUACAAUUAAUAUUUUAUUUGAUAUCGUAAUUGAAAAUAAUGAAGUUUGUAAACUAUGGUGCACAUAUUAAUCAAAAUUAGAUUACUAUGUAUUAGUAGAUAAAUAAAAAUAUAAAUUAUAAAAUUAAAUGAAAUAGUAAAAUAUAUUAGAUUACUAGG